CAUGACCUCUCUCGCGAGAAGCCUUGCAACAGGUCAGCAGCGUAGUUGUGGAAAAUGCAGGUGGAGGCAGGUACAGUCCCUGACGCAACUUCAGAGGAUUUAGUGCCGAGACGUGGGUCUACUUCUCUGGCAUGGAAAUGGUUUGGUUUCGAAAAGACUGACGUUGGUCAAAACACCGUCAUAUGCAAAAUCUGUCGGAAAGCUAUCGCCGUUAAACAAAGCUCCACAACGAAUCUCUUUCACCACCUCCGCACCAACCACAGUAAAGAGUAUGAAGAAUACGAGAAACUUCGAGACUCUGCAGCUCAAGAUAAACCAAGUAGGCCAGCUGUUCAGCACACCCAACAAACCCUCGCUGAGUCAUUCAGCAGAAAAGUGCCGUAUGACAGAAAAAGUCAACGAUGGCAAGACAUAACCAAUGCUAUCACCAAAUUCAUAGCCAAAGAGAUGUUGCCGAUGCAGUUGGUGGAGGGAAAAAGUUUCAUUGAACUUUUGAAUGUCCUAGACGCGCGAUACACAGUGCCAAGUAGAAAAUAUUUCAGCGGAACCGCUCUCACCACCCUCUAUGAUAAAACUCGUAAAGCUGUGAUGAGUGAAGUGCAAGAGGUGAAACACUUCGCAACAACAACCGAUUUAUGGUCUAGCAGAACAUCGGAGCCAUACCUCUCUCUGACCGUGCAUUUCAUUGAUGAAUCGUGGAAACUUCGGAGCUACUGUUUGCAAACGUCCCAUUUCCCAGAUGCCCACACAGGAGAAAUCAUUGCCCUUGGUCUGAAAGAUGCCCUCGCAUCAUGGUCGCUGAGUGAACAGGACAUGGUCUGCAUGACCACCGACAGCGGCGCAAACGUCGUCAGUGCACUCAGAAUCAAUGACUGGAAAAGGCUACCGUGCUUUGGGCACCGGCUUCAUAUUGCAAUCGAGAGGAGCAUGCGUGAUGCAAGGAUAGACAGAGCCAUUGGUGUCUGCAAGAAGGUGGUUGCAGCCUUUUCCAAUAGCUGGAAUUUGAAAAAAGGACUGGCUGAUGCUCAAAAUCAGAUGAAGCUCCCAGAGCAUAAACUCAUCACAGAAUCACCAACAAGAUGGGGCUCAAGACAGCGCAUGAUAAAGAGGUUUGUUGAACAAGAAAAGGCCAUUCGUCAUGUGCUAGGUGCUGACAAGAAGCGCAGGCAUCUCCUACCAACAUGGCAAGAUGUUGAUGUGCUAGAAUCAGUGAGCAAAGCACUUAGUCCCCUGCUGGAGUUUACAGAUGCCCUCUCAGGUGAGCAAGUAGUAACCAUCUCCUACCUGAAACCGGUACUGUCACUGUUAACUCGGAGGUCCUGGCAGUGAAGUCUGAUGAUACAGAGCUCACAAAAAAAAAAUCAAGGAAACCAUUCUGGAUUACCUUAACACAAAGUACAGAGAUGACAAUGUGGAUGGCCUUUUAAGUGUAGCAUCCACGCUUGACCCGCGGUUUAAGAACCGCUACAAUGCCGAUGAUCAGAUGAUGAUGUCAACAAUUUCCUCUGAACUUAUGGCUAUGGCAACACAGGAAGAGAGCGAUUCUCCAGGCCCUUCAACUUCCACAGCUCAAGGUGCCACUGCAGAGGGUGGAGCAGAGGGUGAUGAUGACACCUGUGAGCCAGCCAAAAAAACAAAGAAGUCUUUCGGCAGUUAUUUCAAAAAACAGUGAGAGGGGAGUCACAGGCUACUGGCAUAGAAAAGGAGAUCAAGAGUUACCUUCUGAUACCGGAGGUGGACAGCGAUGUCAACCCACUUGCAUGGUGGAAAACCCAAGAGAUGAACUUCCCUAGGCUGGCAAAGCUAGCAAAAAAGUAUCUGUGCGUCCCUGCCUCAAGUAGCCCUUCAGAGAGGGCAUUUAGCACAGGUGGAAACAUUGUGACGUGUCACCGGGCUUCACUCAAGCCAGACAAUGUGGACAGGCUGGUGUUUUUGGCACACAAUUUGAAGUGAACUGUUGUCCUAGAAUGUUCAAAGUUCUGCAAAGUUUCUGGUGUCUGUCCUUAGCUGUGAUAGUAUUGACUAUUUUUUCUAUUUGAGAAUUGUGGAUUUUUUUCUCCACAAUAUUGUCAUUUGUUUACAAAUGUCUAUUUAGUUCUAUUCCUAUUGCAUGCAGCACUUUAUUACAAUUAUUCAAUAUGUCUGCACUGUAGUUCAAUUAAGUUCUUUUUUGUUUGAACCUUUUUAGAAAAUGUGUGUUUUUUUUUAAUACAAUCCUGGACAGAACCUUAAGUUUUAUGAGCACUUGCUGUCCAUUUCUCAGUAUUUCUCAAGGAUGCGUGGAGGACUUUUUUUUUUUUUUUAACAAUUCAAUGUUCCUGCUGUAAUUCAAUUGAGUUAUUUUUUAUUUGUUUGAUAAAGUUUAAAGACAAUAAAUGUGUUUUUUCUUACACAUUUUAAUCAUUGUAGGUAUUGUAAUCUUUAACCAGGUAUUACUCAGAGAAUUCCAAUCACAUUUUUCAAAAUAUCGACAAAAUAUCGUUAUCGUUAAAUUCUGAAAGAAUAUCGAGAUAUUAUCUUUUGCCCAUAUCGCCCACCCCUAAUACAAGACAUGCCUCUGUCUGCAAGAACUGUUCAUGAUCGUACCAUCACGAUGGCAAACCAAGUGGAGGAAACGCAAGUGAAGGACAUAAAUGCCGCCGUUCUUUUCCUUGGCUUUGGAUGAGUCAACAGACGUAAGCCAUUUCGCAGUUCAGUGUGAUUGCAAGAUAUGCUGCUGGUGACACACUGCGCGAAGAAAGUCUUGCUGUUCUGCCAAUAAAAGGAUCCACAAGAGGUGAGGAUUUAUUCAAGUCUUUCAUGGAGUUCGCUCAAGAAAAAAAAUCUACCUAUGGAUAAACUUCUCUCAGUGUGUACUGAUGGUGCUCCGUGUAUGGUGGGGAAAAACAAAGGAUUUUUGGCGCUUCUCCGUGAACAUGAAAAUAGACCCAUCCUAAGUUUCCACUGCAUUCUACACCAGGAGGCACUUUGUGCUCAGAUGUGUGAUGGGCAGCUUGGCGAAGUAAUGUCGCUGGUCAUUCGUGUGAUCAACUUUAUUGUUGCUCGAGCCUUAAAUGAUCGCCAGUUUAAAACACUGCUGGAUGAAGUUGGAAAUAACUAUCACGGUCUGCUUUUGCACAGCAAUGUGCGUUGGUUGUCAAGAGGGAAGGUGCUUAGCCGUUUUGCAGCUUGCCUGAACGAAAUCCGAACUUUCCUUGAAAUGAAAGGCAUCGAGCAUCCUGAGCUAGCCGAAACCGAGUGGCUCCUCAAGUUUUACUAUCUCGUGGAUAUGACUGAACAUCUGAACCAGCUCAACGUGAAAAUGCAAGGCAUUGGAAAUACAGUGUUGUCCCUUCAACAAGCCGUGUUUGCUUUUGAAAACAAGCUGGAGCUCUUCAUCAUGGAUCUUGAAACAGGUCGUUGACUACAUUUUGAAAACCUGAGACAAUUUAAAGAUGCAUGCACAGCAAGUUAGCCCACUCAAAACUUUGAUCUCCACCAGCUAGCUGGCUUCACAUCCAGUCUCCUACAGUCGUUCAAAGCACGCUUUGGAGAAUUUCGUGAGCACAGUUGUCUUUUUAAGUUCAUCGCCCAUCCAAACGAGUGUUCACUGAACACAGGCGACCUGAGUUACAUUCCUGGUGUCUCUGUCAGAGAUUUCGAAGCAGAAGUGGCUGACCUGAAGGCCUCAGACAUGUGGGUGAAUAAGUUCAAGUCUCUGAAUGAAUAUUUGGAAAGAAUCGGACGACAGAAAGCAGAGUUGGCGAGCAAGCACAUGUGGACAGAAAUGAAAAAACUUCAACCCGAAGACCAGCUGAUUAUCAAAACUUGGAACGCGCUUCCUGUCACAUACCAAACACUGCAGCGUGUGAGUAUUGCUGUAUUGACCAUGUUUGGAUCUACGUAUGCAUGUGAGCAGUCAUUCUCACAUCUUAAAAACAUCAAGUCCAACCUACGAUCACGUUUAACGGAUGAAAGCCUCAACGCUUGCAUGAAGCUAAACCUCACCAAGUACCAACCAGACUACAAAGCCAUCAGGAAAUCCAUGCAGCACCAGAAGUCACAUUAAUGGUGAGUAUUAUAACAACAUUAUUUAAAAGAAUAAAUUCAGAGGCUUAUUAUACCCAUUUAGUUGAAUUCAGCCUUAAAAUACAUUAUAUGGCUCUCACUGAAAUAAAUUUCCAAAUAUUUUGCUUUCAUGGCUCUCUGAGUCAAAAAGGUUCCCGACCCCUGGGCUAUUGGAAGGAAUAUAGUUGGACAUUUUCGCCACUCUCAUCUCACCGCCUGUCGGCUGAGAGACAUACAGCAAGAGUUGGGCAUGAAAACCAAGAUGCUACAGCAAGAUGUCACAACCAGGUGGAACAGUACUUUUGAUAUGAUGAAAAGUCUACUGGAUCAGAAGCGCGCACUGCACGGUGUGUAUGGUGCAGAUCAUGAGCUGCCUGCUUGUUUCUGCGCAUAUCAGUGGGGCCUCGUUGAAAACAUGACCACGCUUCUCAACCCAUUUGAACAAUUAACGAAGGACAUCAGCUCACAUUUGGCUACUACUGCGGACGUGAUUCCCUCUGUUCUGGCAAUGAAACCUGAGCAAGGCAGCAGACACAGACUGUGGGGUCCACACAGCAAAGAACACUCUACUGGAAGCUGGAAGCGCUUUACUACUUGGCAACGAUUCUUGACCCUAGGUACAAAGACCGUUAUUUUGACACAGUCACCAAGCAGGUGGCUGUAAAUAUGCUCCAGAAGCAAGUGGAUAAAAUGACGCAUGGCGACAGAGCUACGGAGACACCGGACACAGAAGAACCACAAGACAAGAAGAUAAGAAGGGAGUGGAUGAAUGGCUGUAUACAGUUGUGUUCAAAAUAAUAGCAGUCCAAAAUCACUAAUUAGAUCAAUCACUGUUUUUGGUAGAAAUCAUAUUUUUAUAUGGCAAAUAAUUUACUAGUAGGUGUAGUAGAGUAACAGAAAACCAACAGACCCAUUAGUCAUGACAUGCAUGCUGCUGAGUCUGUGUAAUUGAAUCAGUAAUUGGAUGGGGCGUGUUCAAAAUAAUAGCAGUGUGGAGUUCAAUUAGCCCUGCGAUGGACUGGCGACCUGUCCAGGGUGUCCCCUGCCUUCGC